GUCAUACAAUUGUCAAACAAAAAUGACAAACACAGUUUUCGGUUGAUUUGAUCGUUUUUAAUUAUUUAGUUAGUACUAUAAGUAAAUUCUUCAUAUUCUUGGUUCUUACGAUAACUUUUAACAAGAAUGAAUUAGAUCUUUUAUGCUAUUCGAUCUUUGUCGAAUCCGCGAGAAAACACAAAAGUGCAUGUUUUCUUAUGAUAUGAAAUUAGCUUUGUAAAUAUUGUGAUGGUUUUAAUAUUGUACCAUAGCAAAUAAUAAUUAUUCCGAACCAAAAUAAUCUUUAUAUUGUAGAUGAAGAUAUUUUUUUGUCAAAAUGGACUUGUCUUCAAAUAAUCUCUCUGGACUACUUCAAAAAUUGUGUGCAGGAUUGUCAUUAGAUCCAGAUGGUGCAUAUGAGUUGGCGGUUUCAUACUUAUCAUCAACUGGCGAGAAGACCCGGACUGUUCAGGAUGAAAGGCUGCUGUGUCAGAAGAUCCAAUCAAAAUUGUCUAGUGUGUCUUCUAGAGACGCAGACAAAUUCAAUGAAUGCUAUUCCAAACUGAAAGGUUCAUUUAUACUGAAGCAGCGUGUGUCAGUCCUGGCUCUACUACUGGCUCUGUCAGAAUCACCUCAACAGUCAGAGUCUACUCAACAGCUAUUCCCAAUUCCUCACCUUGCUGCCACUAAAUCUGCCACUGGCAUAUGUGCAACUUCAAGCACAAGUAAAAGUACAAUUGGUUCAAUGAGCUGGGGCAGCCAUGCCAAUAAACAGCAGGGCUCCAAUCAGAGCCUCCCAUCCAAUAACAGUAACUUAGCUGUAGCACUGCAGUCUGCUGAUCGAACAACCGAACGUACUUGUGUGCGCGAAGCAGUGCUUGCCGCUACGGGUGUGAAGUCACGCGGAGUCGGCGUCGCACCGCGCCCGCAGCAAGCGUUACACGCGCGCAUCGCACAUCUCGGCUUCUUGCACGAUCGACUCAAGGAGUUCAUCGAUCCAGCCUCUGGACUUAUGCCUCAAGGGCUGAUGGGAGAGGGCCUUGUAGCGUCGAUAAGAGAUGAACUCACUGAAUACUAUCGCAGCGUGGCUCUUCUACAGUCCCAGGCUUGUGAAGGUGACGGCGGUGGCGGCACUCUGCGCAGAGUGUGCGUGUGGGCACAGGAGCCUUUACAUCGACUCACUUGGCUGGCCAAUAUCGCGCAUGCUGCCCAUCACAAGAAAGGUGGGGAGCUAGCGUCGUGCGUGCACCGCUUCGUGCGGCACGGCGACGAGCGCGUGGCCAUGCUGGCGCGGCGCCUGCUCACCGCGCUCACCUACCCGCUGCUGCUCAUGCUCACGCGCUGGCUCAUACACGGAGAGAUUGACGAUCGAUUCAAUGAAUUCUUUAUUGAGAGCAGAAGUGGAGUCCCAAUCGAUAGGAUGUGGCAUGACAAGUACAGAGUUAGAGAGUGGAUGGUGCCGUCGUUCAUGUCGCGGGAACAGGCGGCGCAGAUCCUGGCGACGGGCAAGAGCGUGGUGUUCAUGCGCGAGGCCUGCCAGGACGAGCCCGCCGGGCCCAGCGACCACGCGCAGCAUCUGCAGGCGCUGCUCAAGCCGCAUACAGAGUGCAUAUUACCAGGGUCGGAGCGUGGUGCCGAGGGCGGCGCGUGGUGGGAGGCGGCGGGGCUGCGCGAGGGCGUGGCGGCGGCGCACGCGGCGGCGUCGGCGCGGCUGCUGGCGGCGCUCACGCAGCACCACCACCUGCUCGACCACCUGGCCGCGCACCGCCGCUACCUGCUGCUCGCGCAGGGUGACUUCGUGCACCAUCUUAUGACGCUGCUGCAAGACGAGCUGAACAAGCCGGCGACGUCCCUUUACGUGCACAACCUGACGUGCACGCUGGAGGCGGCCGUGCGCGCCACCAACGCGCAGUUCGAGCCGCCGCACGUGCUCGCCAGGCUACACGUCAAUCUCUAUCCAAACUGCGACGGUCGCGACGACUGCGGCUGGGAUGUGUUCGCUCUGCAGUACCGCGUGGACGGACCCCUGGGCACUCUGUUCCCGGCCACGUGCGCCGCGCGCUACAGGGCGCUCUUCACGCAGCUGUGGCGCGUCAAGCGCAUCGAGUACGGGUUACACGAUGCCUGGCGCGAACAUGCUAUACUACAGAAGAGGCUCAAGCAUAUGCCAGAGGUGUGGAGCCUGAUGCGGCGCGUGUCGUGCCUGCGACUGGAGGCGCUGCGGCUGAUGGGAGCGCUGCAGGAGGCGGGCGGCGUCGGCGCCGAGCCCGCCUGGCAGGCGCUGCUGGCCGCCGCCGCCGACCGCGCCGACCUCGACACGCUGCUGCGCCUGCACCACCGCGCGCUCGACCGCCACUCCAUACACGCCAUGAUACACUCCACCACGCAGGAGCUUCAGUCGUACUUGGGCAACGUGUUGAACGAAACGCUGGCGUUGCGUAGCUUCGAGUCGACGCUGCACGCCGGCAUCAACAGCGAGCUCGAGCGACGCGACAAAAUAGAACAGAUGAAGGCAGAAAGAGUGGCUCGCGGAGAAUACGCAUUCACGGCAGCUGACGAGGCUCAAGACAAGGAGAAGCGGAAGAUCUUCCACCAGUUCCUAGCGAGUCGGAGAGCCGACUUGAACGUUUGGGCUCGCACGUACAGGGGUCACGUGACGACGUUGAUACUGAAGCUGGCGUUGCACCCGGAGGUGUCGCUACAGACGCUGGCGUUCCGGCUGGACUACAGCGACUUCUACAAGCGCGGCGACGCCAAGCUGCACGAGCCGCUCACCUACCAGCACAAGCGCCUCAGCGAGAUCGGACUCAACCUAGCUAAGAGUAAACUAAUAGAGCGUUCGAAGAAGAAAUGACAAGUAAUGUCCUCAGAGUGUUCCGCGCCUGACACGUUUUGUUCGCCGUGGCUCGGCCUCGUGUGCGUACGGACGCAUUGAAAUCUAUUCAGUAGGGACCUUCUCGCUGUGAAUUCGGAAUAGCGGGUAACCCUUCACAUAUUUUACAUAGUAGUUGAGAGUAAUCGGUGUGGCCAGUGUGCGGAACUUUAAUGUAAAACUGCAGAUACUCGGUUCUGCAUUGUCCUUGCCACAUAGUAGGUAUACUUUGAAUCGUCCAACUGUUCCGAAUUUUCGGCCUUAAUGUACACAAAAUUGUUUCAUUUUUUUUUAUCACAACCUGGUGCUGAAUGUCAAAUGUGAGAGUCCAUCUGAAACUCCACUUCAGAAUUAAAUUGUCUCAAUAAUUAGUAAAGUACUGUAUAUGUCGUAAUUCCUUUGAUUAUACAAGGCGGGAGUAAUCUCAUAAUGUUUUCUCUGUAUUGUCCAUAUUUAGUACGUGUUUUUGAAUCGAAUAAAGCAUAAUAUAUCGGUGUAAGUGUGUUUGGCGUGUUGUUGGCCAACAACAGCCAUGUUGUCGUCAAUCUAGCCUGUAAACUCCUAACAUAACAUUUUCACGUUUGUACAAGUUAUGAAAUUGUCACAAAAUAAUGUUAAAUUGUGUAAAAUUAACGCUCUCUAUAAGUCAGUAUGUGCCAUGGUUGCCGCAUUAUACAUAUUUUUAACUA